AUGAGCGCGGAGGCGGGCCCCUCUCGUGAGGGGGGCGUGGAUAUAAUUCGCAAGGUCAGGGUGCGCAAGCUCAGGGGCCAGCCCUCGCCGGCCCAGCAGUCGCCAGACGUGCAGGAUGCAAUGGACCGUAGGAUAGCCGAAAUCAUUCCCGGCCUCGCGGAGCUCUCUGUAUCGGGCUCUGACCGCGACGGCACGCUCAGUGCCGCUCGCGCUGUGCGCCAGCAGCGGCUGCAGCGCGAGCUGCGGCUUGCUGACGAGCUGCGCGAGCUGCGGGACAUCUACGACUUCAGCGUCCCCAACCCAGUGGACGACCAGGCGCCCAGCGGUCCCUGGAAGCAGCAGCUGCGCGCCAAGCCGCGUAAGAUCGUGCUGAGCCCCUACCAGUAUGAGAUGAUCAAUUACCAGCGCAUGCUGUUGCGCAAGAACAUCUGGUACUACAGGGACCGCAUGUCCGUGCCGCGCGGCCCCUGCCCGCUGCACGUGCUGAAGGACGCGUGGGUGCAGGGCGUGGUGGACGAGAACACGCUGGUGUGGGGCCACGGGCUGUACGACUGGCUGCCCGCGAAGAACGUCAAGCUGCUGCUGCCCAUGAUCCGCACGCCCGAAGUGCGGUUCGGCGCGUGGUUCAAGCGCACGUUCAGCCUGAAGCCUGCCCUGGAGCGGAUCCGCGACCGCCGCAAGGACGCGCGCAACCCAGAGCUGCUGUCGCCGCAGGUCGAGCGCAUGCGGUAG